AUGUGCAAGCUUCAUAUCCGCGACCCCUUUAUUUGGAUUUCUAAUCGUUGCUCUAUUCAUGCUUCUCGAGUUUCAAUGUCUAUAAUACACUUCUGUCAUACCUCUUGCUUUACAUUUCCAAUUCCAGUUUCAGUUCCAGUUCCAGUUUCAUUGGCAUCUAGAAGUAUACACAAAGUCAUCACAACAUCAGCGUUUCAAUUCUCCACUUUCAGGACGUUGACAGUGAGAAGAUCACAUUCGCGUUAUAGAUCCUUCCACACCACGAGAAUCAAUACAUCUCCACAAAGUCUAGGAACAUUCUCAAGAAUACGAAGAAGACCGAGAAAUAUGACAUUACCCGGAUCUCGAUCUCCGAAGUCUGAUUUGGAAAAACAAUAUACUUCAUCUACUAGUAGUUCUAAGGUAGAUAGGAAAGCCAAGAAAGAGAUUGCUGUUCCACAGCCUAGUUCGAGUAUCCUCCUCAUCUCCCCCCAAAACCAAAUUCUUCUCCUCCAUCGUAUCCGCACCUCAUCUUCCUUCCCCUCGGCCCACGUCUUUCCAGGCGGAAACCUCGACCCCUACCACGAAUCACCCAUCCCGUCUCCCUCCUCUCCUUCCCGUCAUGUAGAUUCCGAGAUAUACCGUCUUGGCGCUAUCCGGGAAUGUUUCGAAGAGAGCGGAAUUCUCCUCGCUGUCCCUUCCCCAUCCGCAUCUCCUCAAACCCCCGAGCAAAAAAGCACCAAGAAAGAAUCUCUCCACAUCGACGAAGAAGAAAAGUCGCGCGCAAGAAAGGAGAUUCAUUCCCGGAAAAUCAAAUUCUCAACCUGGCUAGCCCAACAAGGAGGAAUCCCCGAUAUCGAUUCUCUCCACCCUUUCACUCGCUGGAUCACCCCUUCUAAUCUCCCCAAACGUUUCACCACACAAAUGUACAUCUAUUUCCUCCCUCUAUCUUCACCCUCCUCCCCUUCAACCUCAACAGAAGUGCAAAAUGAGAGUGUCCCCACAAACCAAGGAGAAGAAAAAGAAAAAGAAAAAGAAACCCACACAACCCCCACCCACGACGGCGGCAUCGAACACACCGCUGCCGAAUUCGCCUACUGUUCAACAUGGCUAGACAAAGCCCGGAAGGGCGAAAUUAUUCUCUUCCCCCCACAAUUCUACCUCAUGGAAUUACUUUCUCAAUUUUUGCUUCCCGCAGAAUCAAAAUCAAAAUCACAAUUCUCCAUAGACGAACUCGCCGCGCAGAGAACCCAAGUCCUGCAAUUCCUGAAAGGAGACGGAGGUGAUGCGUCGGGAAUUUUCUGGGGCGAUAAAGCAAUGAGUCCGCUUUCGUUGGGGAUUAGGAAGAAAAAUGGGGAUGGGAGGGUGAUACUGGGAUUGGAUGGACAGGGUCCGGAAUUGGAGGGGAGGGGGAGGAAAGGUGAUGCGAAGAGAGUUGUGCUUGUGAGGUUUGGGAAGGAGGGACCUAGGGAGGUGGAGGUAAGAGAGAGGAGAGAGGUUUUGGAGGAGGAGAGGGGAGGGGAUGGAGAGGGUGGGGGAGGGGGAGGAGCGAAGUUGUGA